AUGGAGGAAGCAUUGGGAAAGGGAGAAGGAUUUGUGGUUAAGAAGUUGGAACCUGUCAUGGUUCCUCCUGCAUCAAAAACAGAUGAUGGGUUCUACUUCUUGUCCAACUUGGAUUGUUACCAGAAUCUCAUUCUUACAACAAUUUACUGUUACAAAUCAGAUCCUAAAAGGAGUAACAGUAAUGCUUGUGAAGUGAUCAAGCCAGCUUUGGCUGAGGUUUUGGUUCAUUACUAUCCGUUUGCUGGGAGAAUUGCAGAGAACGAUUCUGAUGGGAAACUAAAAAUCGAUUGUACCGGAGAAGGUGUUCCAUUUGUGGAAGCAGUUGCAGAUUGCGAGCUUGAAGUUUUAGGCGACACCGCAAAAUCAUCAAAUUUUGAGAUGUUGGGGAAGCUUGUUCAUACCUAUCCAAGAUCCAAAAACAUCUUAGAAAUACCAUUACUGACAGCUCAGGUUACAAAGUUCAAGUGUGGAGGAUUUGUUCUUGGAUUAGCAAUAAACCAUUGCAUGGCAGAUGGGAUAUGUGCAAUAGAAUUUGUAAAUUCUUGGGCUGAAAUCACUAGAGGCUCUCCGAUUUCUGUCUUUCCCUUCCUUGACAGAACUAUAAUCAAUUCAAGGCAACCACUUAAGAUUGAAUUUCCUCAUAAUGAGUUCUAUGAGAUAAAAGAUGUUCCAAAGAACAUCCUUCCAUCCACAUCCAAAGAUGAUGAACUUAUACGCAAAUCCUUCUGCUUCAAAGAAAAGAUGUUGACCCAUUUGAGAACCUUAGCAAUGGAAGAUGGAGAAGUUGAGAAAUGUUCAAAUUUCACAGUGGUUGCAGCACAUACAUGGCGAGUCAUGACUGAGUCACUUAAUAUGGAAGCUGAUCAACAAACAAAGCUUGUUUUCGCAGUCGAUCUCCGGUCCAAAUUCGAUCCGCCAUUACCGAAAGGGUACUUCGGCAAUGCCAUAUUUCAUCCAUGUUGUCUUUGCAAUGCAGGAGAAUUAACAAGUAAACCAUUGUGGUUCGCAGUUAAAUUGGUGCAAGAUGCAAUUAAAUCGGUGACUGAGGAAUAUGCAAGAUCUGCCAUUGACAAUUAUGAAGUGAAAAGAGUGAAUCCUUUAGCAACAUAUACUCUCUUUAUAUCUUCAUGGACUAGAUUGGGUUUUCAUGAUAUUGACUUUGGAUGGGGGAAACCAACACAGACAACCCUUGCAAAUCCAGGGCCUAAUUUGUGUUUUGUCCUCCCUCAAAAUGAAGAAAAUAAGGAUCUAAAUAUAUUAAUGGUCAUGACAGCAUCUCUUAUGAAUUCCUUUUCGGAGCUCAUCUAAAUC